AUGACAGCUGUAGUAGGAAGAGUUUGGGGUUGGGUGCGUCCAGCAAUCUCCUACCGGCCCUGGGGCAGCAAAGCAGCACCUGACAAAACCAUGAGGGAAGAGAGGCAGACGAGAGGCAGCUGGGGCUUGGGAGGGUUAACAACCUGGGUUUGGGGAGCCGGACAGAAAAGGCAAACAAGUGACCAAACAACCUUGAUUGAGGAGUACUGGGAAGCAAGUGAGGAGAACAUCCAGUCCAUGGACAUUGGAGAUCUGGGCGUGGCCAAGCAGGAGGCUGAAGGGAAAGCAGAACAUGGUGGCUCCAGAUGGUGGAAUAAAAUUCUGCGGUCCUCAGACUUCCUCUGGCCAAAAACAGCUGAACCUGGUGGCCUCAGGCAGAGGAAAUGUGUUGGCGGAGGAUGGGACUCUGACAACGAUGGGGAGUAUUCUGACUAUGGAACCCCUCCACCAUCUCCCACACCUACCUCUUCCUCAGCCUUCCGGUUCUUUGCACGUGCCUGGAAUGGGGAGAUAGUUCCGGAACACUAUGAGAUCUGCUUCAACCUCCUUCGCCACCUGUUUGACCUGUUUGUGGUGGGUUUCCUGUGGACUGUGUCCCCCCCUACCAAGUUGGUCCUGGAAGUGCUAGGGGUCCAAGGAGGACUGAAGUUGUGGCUCCAUGGAAUGGCCAUGUUUUCCGUCUCCACUGUUGGAAUGGCAGGACUGCUCUGGUUGGUCCAGGAGUAUCUUCCACAGUUUGCUCUGGUGUACGGCAUCGUGCAAGCACUGGUCAUCUCUGUCAGCGUCCGGCAGAGUGUGAUCUUAGGAGAGGGGGAUGAGGUGGAGGAAGAGAAAGUGGAAAAGGAGGUGGAGGAUGAGGAAGUGGGAGACGAUGGGGAAGUUACAGAGAUGUACCCGACUACAAAAUAA